CAACAAAAAUUUAUCAUCAAUCGAGUUCAAUCUUUUUUUUCUCUCUCUGUCUCUCUCUCUUUCUCUCGCGAUAGAAGUCCCGAAUCGACUUUGGAAGAAGAUGGAAUUGAAUGAUAUGUAAUCAGAGGAGGUUGGGGUCGGAGGUGAUGCGUAGCGGAGGAGAUUGAAUCGGCGGAGGUUAUGCGUAGCGAAGGAGAUUUCGGUCGGAGGUGUUGUUCAGAUCUUUGAUGCUUCAUCAGGAGUUUUUAAAUGUGUUUUGGACGGUCCCGGUGGUGGAAUCGAAUCGAGAUGACAUCAACUGCGGGUGGUGGUACUUUGUCAUUAGAGUUCGGCGUGCUUAGUCGUUUAACAAAUGAUCCUGGCUAUGGGUUCACUUUGGAGCUAUAUACCUUCUGACUGCAUUUGUCUGCUGUCUUCUUUACUUUGUAAGCUGCUGUCUUGGACAAAGCUGACCAAGUUGAUACACAACAAUUCUUUAUUCUUCCUCUCUCUCUCUCGAAUCUCUCCGAUUUUGCAAUCAGAAUAGAGUCGUUUCACAAUCGAUUGGAAACAAGAGGAGAACCUAGAAAUAAACAUCAUCAAACGAACGGGAGAUCCACAAAUUCGAAUUCAGGAGAGAGAUAUAAACCUGUGAGAUCACUGGUGAUUAGGACGAGAGAAGGGUUGAUAAGAGACAGAGCAGGACCCACAAUGUUUUUGAUAUCAUUGGCUCUUUCGGGAUGAUGAACACUGAAAUGGAGAUCGGACAGCUGAAUAACCCAAAUCAAUUCUUGCCCAGUUCUCGCUGCAAUCACUCUUCUAUCAAUAAUGAAGUCCUAUGUAUGUUGGUCAUAAUAAUCUGCAAUCUCAGCCUAACUUGGCUAUAUCAGACAUGGAUAAUCCUCUGAUGACCGACAUUGCUUUGACUACAUUGGAAGAGUUGCUUAGAUUUCUUCACACAAAUGAACCUCUGUGGACAAAAACAAAUGGCUGCAGAGACAUUCUUAAUCUUGGAAGCGAUGAGAACAUUUUCCCAAGAUCAAGUAACAGAGGGAAGAACCAUAACUUUCGAGUCCAGGCAUCUAGGUCUUUUGGAAUUGUUUUCAUGAAUGCCAUGGCACUUGUCUACAUGUUCAUGGAUUGUGUCAAGUGUGCAGAACUCUUUCCCUCAAUCAUUGCAGCAUAUAAAGCACUUGCAGUGAUCUUUUCGGGAAUGGGAGGUAUCCAUGAGGGUGCAUUACAUCUGGGGAAGUGGGUAUGUUGGUGGAUACUGUGGUGGCGGUGGUCAUGGCGGAGGCGCUGUGGUGGAUUUUUCAAUGGUGAAUCAGCUGAUUUGAAUGACCACAAAAGACUUAUGAGCGUCGUAGUGGGACAUAUCGUGGAUGUUAGUAAGUGAUAAACAACGUGAAGGAGUGGUAAUGAAGUACAGUGAAAGGAAGACAGUGUAAAAAAGACAGUGAAUGAAGAAUGAUCAUAAGGAUAAGACAUUACGGGAGCAACGUGUAAUAUAUUGUUGAAAAUCUCCUACACGCAAAAGAGACUUUGCCCAACCAACGACGUUGCAAACAAAAUCAUAUAUGUUUGUUGCAACAUUCAUAAUUUAAAUUUAUAUGAAAUCUAUGUGAGUAACUUUAGUGAA